GAGGCCUUCCGAGAAAUUGAGUUUCCGAAUGUUUGACAGACAGCUCAGCUGAUAAACUCAUAAAGGGAAAUCCGCUGCUGCAAUAUUGAACUUAAAUAUGUAUUGUAAAACAAUUUUCCAGUCUAUAUGUAGACAGUCACGCCGAUUAUACCACAGAUCUGUUGUUGAUAACGCUAUUUCACAGGCAGCAACAAAAUCCAAGAUUCCUGAUCGUUUUGCCCAGGCCGUAGUUGAUAUAGUUGGCAGUGAGAAUGUAUCAACAACCGAUGCUGUUCGGGAACAACAUGGCCAUGAUGAGUCCUAUCAUACCACUUCACCGCCAGACAUUGUGGCUUUUGCUGAGAGUACAGAACAUGUGAGUCAGGUGGCCAAGUUGUGCAAUGACCAUGAAGUGCCACUCAUCCCCUUCGGCAGUGGUACAGGACUGGAGGGAGGCAUAAAUGCAUUGAAGGGAGGACUGUGUCUUGACCUGUCUAAGAUGAAGAAGAUCCUAUCUGUUCACCCUGAAGAUUUUGACUGUACAGUCGAGGCUGGUGUUACCAGGGUCACACUCAACAACUACCUGAGGGACACAGGACUGACAUUUCCCAUUGACCCAGGUGCUGAUGCGUCUGUGUGUGGCAUGUGUGCCACCAGCGCCUCGGGAACAAAUGCUGUGAGGUAUGGAACCAUGAGGGAGAACGUCCUCAACAUGGAAGUAGUCCUCCCUGACGGACGCGUCAUCCACACCGCUGGUAAAGGAAGGCGCACAAAAAAAACAUCAGCAGGAUAUAAUCUCACCAACCUGUUUGUUGGAUCAGAAGGAACUCUUGGAAUCAUUACCCAGGCAACACUUCGUCUCCACGGCAUACCCGAGGCUACAAUAUCAGCAGUCUGCUCCUUCAACACCAUCCAGGAGGCUGUGGAUUCCACUGUCCAGAUCUUACAGAUGGGCAUUCCUAUCGCCAGGAUAGAAUUUCUGGACGAGGUGUCAGUAGAUGCAUGCAAUAGAUACAGCAAGCUGGACAUGAAGGUGGCGCCCUCUUUGUUCUUCGAGUUCACAGGAAGUCCUGAUACACUGGACAAACAGGCUGAGGUUGUCAAGGAUAUUGCAUCAAUGAAUGGUGCAUCCGAGUUUAAGUGGGCUUCAAAGCCAGAGGAGAGGAACCAACUAUGGAAGGCUAGACAUGACAUUCUGUAUGCCUGUAUGGCUCUCAACCCAGGCAGUAAGCCCUACUCUACAGAUGUUUGUGUACCUAUAUCCAAUUUACCAGAGGUCAUAACAAGGUCAAAGGAGGCCAUACAGAAGGCUGGUGUUAUUGGUCCGAUCGUUGGUCAUGUUGGGGAUGGUAAUUUUCACGUCUUUUUCCCCACCGAUCGCUCAAACCCUGAGGAGGUGAAGAAGAUCAGUGAUGUUUCUGUGUACAUGGCUCAAAUCGCCAUGGAGCUGGAUGGCACCUGUACGGGGGAACACGGUAUCGGGAUGGGUAAACGUGGCCUCCUUCAGCAAGAGAUUGGAGAUGAAGGUAUGGAGGUGAUGAAGCAACUGAAGAGCACAUUCGACCCCAAAGGAAUCAUGAAUCCGGGGAAAGUCUUUCCUGAGUAAUCAUGACUUAUGUUGUCAGUAGUGACGAGUUUGAGGUGAUUCCAGUUCAGAAGUUCAGUGUGGAAAGAACAGGGGUUCUUAUGUUAUCACCUUAGCAUCCACAUUUGUGUUGUAAAGUUGUGGUGCAAGUGUUGAAAUAUUGAAAGCGUUCAGUAUUUGUGCUAGGAUGAUGGUAUUUGUCACGACAGUUCCCAAGGGGUGAAACAUUUAGGCAUUGGAAUCAAGAUUGCAAAAAAAAAAAGAAUAAAAAACUGUUUGCAGAUCUGGUUUUAACCUCACCAUCCAUAAUAUAAUAUUACAGGUGCCCCCAAUUCUCCCAUAUUAUUAAUUAAAGUAUAGCCCUUAUAGGUGACCUCAACAGGUUUUGGCUCUUGUUAGAAACUGUUUUCAUCACAAAGAUGCCAUCAAUAUCAAAAUGUUAUGGAUAUUAUUUUCUCAUUGAUAUAUGGGAAAAAAAUGGUAUUGAUAUCAUUGUAGACUAUUGGGUAAAAACAUAACACUGAAAAUUGGUAUGAAAUCUUUGUUCUUGAAUAAAAGAAAUCCUAAAACUAAAAGAAAAAGAUUUGUCUUUUAGUACUUUCUUUCCAUGAGAUCUACAGAUUUUAUAGGAUUUAUUUUUGGUUGUGAUGCCAUGAAACAGUGACUAUUACUGUACAUACAGAUAUUUUAUAUACACAGAUAAUAGAUCCCUGAAAUUUCAUAAUCAACUAUUCCAACCUU